GACCCGAAUCUUGAUCUCACCAAACUCCUCCUUCCCCCUCUUCUCUUCUCUUCUCUUCUCUUCUCUUCCACGCCAAAUACUACCUCCGAUCGCCAUCACCAUCACCAUCGCCAUCUCCAUCGCCGUUAAACUUCUUUCAUUACUCUCCACCCCUCAUAAUUUUUACUCUUAUGCCACUCAUCACAAACCCUUUCCUUUCCCACGGUUGAAAAUUUAUUCCAACCCUUUCUUACUCCCAUUUCAAUCGCAUUUCUUGGACUCUGUUUAUCCGUUUGCUCAAUUUCAUCGAACCAGUAACAUCGGAUUUAAGGAGUAGGUGUAGACGUGAUGGAAACAAGAUCUAUAUUGUUACUGUAACUAAGUGAACCUGUGGCAUCUAAACAGUCAGGAUGGUAGUUUCUAAGAAGACAGCUCUAGCGUUCAAGUCCUACCAGAACCAGGCUCAGGUGCUGGUUAAAACCUACCUUUUGGCAGAUGCUUUUAUGCCGUACACAUCCGUCCUUGGUGGCAUAUUUGCUACAAAAAUGGUUUAUGAUCUUACACAGUUGAUAAGCACUUUUUACUUCAGAACCUAUGCUGGUCUUACAAAAAUUCAGCGGAUUGAGUGGAACAACCGGGGGAUGUCCUCUAUUCAUGCCAUUUUCAUUGCAACAAUGUCUUUGUACUUUGUGUUCUGGUCAGAUCUUUAUUCUGAUCAGUACACUGAUGGUCCUGUUACUUUUCGGAGCUCACCACUCUCAACAUUUGCGUUAGGAGUUUCUGUUGGCUACUUCCUAUCAGACCUUGGGAUGAUCUUUUGGCUAUAUCCUGCAUUAGGUGGAUUAGAAUAUGUUGUUCAUCACACGCUUUCAGCAAUUGCAGUAGCAUAUGCCAUGUUUACAGGGGAAGGGCAGCUUUACACAUUCAUGGUCCUUAUAUCUGAGUUGACUACACCUGAGAUCAACUUGAGAUGGUACCUAGAUACUGCUGGCUUAAAAAAAUCAAAUGCAUAUCUGAUUAAUGGCGUUGUGAUAUUCUUUGCCUGGAUGGUGGCUAGAAUUUUGCUGUUUGUCUAUAUGUUUUACCAUGUGUAUUUGCACUAUAAUCAGGUGAUCCAGAUGCAUCCAAUCGGAUUUCUUUUGGUAUUUACGGUUCCAUCGGUGCUUGGUGCGAUGAACUUGAUGUGGUUCGGGAAGAUUAUAAAGGGAUUGAUGAAGACAUUGGCAAAAAGGCAGUGAUUGAAUUAAUAUGGAGCUGAAGAAGGUGGUGUAUAAAAAUGGUAGUAGGUGCAGAAAGAAAGGAAAGGAAAGGAAAGUGUUGUAAAGCAUUUGGAUGAAAUUAAUGGUUCAUUAUCUCUCUCUCUCUCUCUCUCUUGUUUUCAAGUUAAAAGUUGAAAAGGAGGGUGGCUGUGUAUAUGGCAUUUUGGACACCAUCAAUAUCUUAAUCUGUUACUUUAAAUAUACAUUAUUAUUAUUAUAUUAUUAUUCACCACCUAAA